AUGGCGUCUGGGAAGGCGAUGGAGCGGGCCAUGCCCUGGGCCCCCCACCCGGCCCCCAGGGCCUGCAGCUGCCCCCCUGCCGCCCUGCGGAGGUGGCUGCCCCUCCUGGCCUGGCUGCCCCACUACUCCAUGCAGUGGCUGAGGAUGGACCUUGUGGCCGGGCUCUCGGUCGCACUCACGGUCAUCCCCCAGGCGCUGGCCUAUGCUGAGGUGGCUGGACUUCCUCCCCAGUACGGCCUCUACUCCGCCUUCGUGGGGUGCUUCGUGUACUUCUUCCUGGGCACCUCCCGCGACGUGACCCUGGGCCCCACGGCCAUCAUGUCCCUCCUGGUCUCCUCCUACACCUUCCGGGAGCCUGCCUACGCCGUGCUGCUCGCCUUCCUGUCCGGCUGUGUGCAGCUGGCCAUGCGGUUCCUGUGCCUGGGUUUCCUGCUGGACUUCAUCUCCUGCCCCGUCAUCAAAGGUUUCACCUCCGCUGCUGCCAUCACCAUUGGCGUUGGGCAGAUCAAGAACCUGCUGGGACUGCAGCGCGUCCCCAGACAGUUCUUCCUGCAGCUGUAUCACACCUUCCGCAGCCUCGGGGAGACCAGGGUGGGCGAUGCCGUGCUGGGGCUGGUCUGCCUGCUGCUGCUGCUGCUGCUGCGACUGAUGCGGGCCCACGCGCCCCCCGUGCACCCCAACACGCCCCCCGGAGUGCGGCUCAGCCUCGGGCUGGUCUGGACGGCCACGACCGCCCGCAAUGCCCUGGUGGUGUCCGGUGCCACCCUGAUGGCGUACUCCUGCGACGUGGCCGGCUACCGGCCUUUCGUCCUCACUGGGGAGAUCGUCCAGGGGCUCCCUGCGGUGCGGGUCCCCCCCUUCUCAUUGACCACGGCCAACGGGACGGUCUCCUUCACCCAGAUGGUCCAGGACAUGGGGGCCGGGCUGGCCGUGGUGCCGCUGAUAGGCCUGCUGGAGAGCAUCGCCGUGGCCAAGGCUUUCGCGUCUCAGAAUAACUACCGCAUCGACGCCAACCAGGAGCUGCUGUCCAUCGGCCUGACCAACGUUCUGGGCUCCUUCUUCUCCUCCUUCCCGGUCACUGGCAGCUUCGGACGGACGGCCGUGAACGCCCAGUCGGGGGUGUGCACCCCUGCGGGAGGCCUGGUGACAGGGGUUCUGGUGCUGCUGUCGCUGGGCUACCUGACCUCACUCUUCUACUACAUCCCCAAGGCCGCGCUGGCGGCCGUCAUCAUCAUGGCCGUGGCCCCGCUGCUGGACGCCGGGGUCGCCCGGACGCUGUGGCGCGUGAGGAGGCUGGACCUGCUGCCCCUGAGCGUGACCUUCCUGCUCUGCUUCUGGGAGGUGCAGUACGGCAUCCUGGCGGGCACGCUGGUGUCCCUGCUGAUCCUGCUGCACUCAGCGGCCUGGCCCAGCACGCAGGUGUCUGAGUGGCCGGUGCUGGUGGUGCAGCCGGCCGGCGGCCUGCACUUCCCCGCCAUUGAGGCCCUGCGGGAGGCAGUGGUGAGCCGCGCCCUGGGAGUGUCCCCGCCGCGCUGCGCGGUCCUGGAGUGCAGCCAUGUCUGCAGCCUCGACUACACAGUGGUGCUGGGGCUCCGGGAGCUGCUGGAGGACUUCCGGCGGCGGGGCCUCACCCUCGCCUUCGUCGGCCUGCAGGAGCCUGUGCGCCACGUCCUGCUGUCCGCCGACCUGAGUGUCCAGCACUUCCCCAGCCUGGAGGAGGCAGAAAAUGAAACUGAAGCGGGCCGGGGAUCACGUGACCGGCGGCUGGGAAUAAAGGCAGCCGCUUCCUAG